CAAAAAGCAGGGAGGUGAAAGGUUGGUGACAGGACUUGUCGUUUCAUAUAAGGCCAGUAUAUAUGAAAAUGUGACAGAUCAUGCCACACCAGCGUGUUGGUUUGAGUGUAGGAUGUAUAUAGUAUAACAUGGAUGUAUUCUGAGCGUGGUCUCCAGUAGGAAAAGGUGCAAAAUGCCACGAAAAACAUCAGGACGGAGCAGGCGGAGAGACAAAACUGAAGUCAGCAGAUGCAUCAAGUAUUUGAUGUUUACUUUCAAUGUCGUAUUUUGGCUUAUCGGUGGUGCAGUUUGUGGAAUUGGAAUAUGGGCAUGGGCCGAGAAGGACAUGUUCCAGAACAUCGGGAAGCUGACGAACCUGACCGUGGAGCCAGCGUUGAUCUUCAUCAUCGUGGGCCUCAUCAUGACCUCCAUCAGUUUCUGCGGUUGUAUCGGCGCUCUCAGGGAGAAUACCUGCCUACUCUGCACUUUCAUGGUGUGCUUGGGCUUUAUAUUUGUGUGUGAAAUCACGGUCGGGAUCCUUGCCUUCGUCUAUAAACCGUGGGUGAGGGAGCAGAUAGAGACACAGGUGAAGAACAUGAUUGUCAACUACCGUGAGGACGUUGACCUCCAGAACCUGGUGGACUGGGUGCAGCAUGACUGGUUGUUCUGCUGUGGCGUGCACACCUUCCAGGACUGGGGCAACAACAUGUACUUCAACUGUUCUUCCCCUGGUGUGGAGGCCUGCGGGGUGCCUUUCUCAUGUUGUAAACCAACGGAUGAUAUUAUACAAAACAGACAUUGUGGCUAUGGAAUGAGGUCAACAUCACAUGAUAUUGACCGCAGCACCAAGAUCUACACCACAGGGUGUCUUCCUUCAGGGGAGAAGUGGCUGGAGGCAAACCUCAUCCCAGUAGCAGCAGUCGCUGUCAGCGUCGCCCUCCUUCAGAUAUUUGCAAUUUGUUUUGCUCAAAACUUACGCAACGACAUCCAGGCCCAGAGGGCGAAAUGGGGAUGACAUGAAGCCGGGGGACAUGAACUACUACCCAGACACAGAGCUCAGAACUCACGCGAUUCACGCCAUCACCGUGGCAACCAAACGCUACUCGCUUAAUGAGUACAGAUAAUUUUUCUGCAGUGCUACUGCCAUAGGUUCUUCUUAUCCAGGUUAGCUGUGAGAGAAGAUUUGAUAUUUUUACAUUUUAGAUAUUUUUAAUAUUUUUAAUCAAAUCUUAAUCCGAGCAUUUUUAAUCAUGAUGCUAAUUUUGUGUGUUUUGCUCUAUUCUCAAUCAUUUAGUCAUCCUCUGUUUUCUGCAGUUGGUAUAUUUUUUUAAGAUAUCAGACUAAAAAGUAUUUAAUAUUGCAUAGAGAAAAUGUUUUUCUCUCAAAGAAUAAGUUUUAAUUUAGUAAAUUUAUCAAUCAAAGUUUUAUACAUAGGAUUGUUGUGUUAAUAAACCAAUUUUAAUCAUCAAUUGAAACAAAGUUUUAUACAUAGGAUUAUCGUCAGCUGAGAAUGUCGGCCAUGUUUGGGUAUCCUGUCCCCCACCCCCAACACGUUUCAUCCUUCCAUUGUGUACAUCUGUAUACAUACAUCUAUAUAUACACGAUAUACAUAUUAUUUUAUUUAUUUAGUUCAAAUAUGCAUAUGUCAGACACUUCUGUGUCUUGAGUUAAGGAAGAAAACAAAACCAUUACUUGUGUCUUAGCACAUAUCCUGAUUGUGUCUUUUUACCAAGUCAUUUGGGAAAAUAUUUAAGUACUCAUUUCUUAAGAUCACCCCACAUUUCUACUUGUAUAAAAGAAAUCAUCAUUGAUUUAUGAGUUUUGUACAUUUGUGGAAUGUUUGGCUAAAAAAAUUCAACCAUUGGUUCUCAGGAAAUGAAAGCUUGAUGCAGAAGAAAGACUGUUUUUUGAAGUGUGAACAAGGUAUCUACCCAUGCAGUUGUCACGCAUUGUCAGAUUAGAAUGCUUUUUUACAAGAGCAAUUUUACAGAUGUGGAUUUGCCUGGGAACCAAACCUAUUUUUUCAGCCUUAUUGAUGGCUAUGAUUGAAAGCUCAAGUCACUUGUGAUUUCAAGACAAAGGGAUGUGAUUUUUCAUUGAUAUUACUUCAUUUAAAUUGUAAAAAUUGUCAUUACCCUGUUAGAAAUAUAUAUACAUUUUGUUGGAUUUAUAAAAACUGUCUUUAAACAUGUUGUAAUUCUGUUGAAUGUCAUGAUGAAGAUAUUUGGAAGCUCUUACAGUGGUGCUUUCGACAGAGCCAAGGGAUGCAGUUUAAUGUUUAUGAUUCAUGAUUGCUCCAGUCUGAAACCAAUGACAGAGAUUUAUUUUCCUACUGAAAUCCGUGUUCAAUUGGAUCAGUGUAGACCAGUACUGAUGUUAUAUUUUAGAUGAUUAGUGGUCCAACAAAUCAUUGUUUCAACCUCAUGUCUCAUCACUUUAUAUUCUUUUAUACUGAUUUUGUUUUUUCAUGGCUCAAAUGAUGCUUGCUGCUUUUUGUGGAGAAAUGUCACUUCACUGUUUGCUUCGAGGGAGGAGGAAUCUGCAUUUUGUGUGUUCACUGUUUUGUCAUUUUCUUGUUAAUUUAAACAAAGUGAUAUACACAUUACAUAACCUAAUGCCCAAUAUUUAUACUCUCUGUAGUCCAAGGUAAUUAUUUGCUUUUUCAGUGAUUUAGAUAUGGUUAUAGUCAAGUUCAACUAUUUAUUCUUUCAAGUCUGAAAGCCAUUUAGAAGUGAUACACUUUAUUAUAAGGAACACAACGUUUAUUCACGUAUUCACGUAUUCACCCGAUGAAGGAGUAAGCAUGUACUCCGAAAUGUGUGUUCCUCAUAAUAAAGAAGUUGUCAUCCAUAAAUUCUCUUCCAUAUUUAUUCUUUGUAUUGAUUUUGUGUAUGUUGAACAUGCAUCAAUCUAAUAGCAUAUCUGUGGUAACCUGAUCUCUGUGCUGCGCUUUAUAAAUGAUUUUCAUAUUGACUUGUCAUUGACAGAAGUAGGGUUACCACAGCUAAGUGAAGGUGAAGAUAAGUUAACAUGUAUCAGGUAAAUUUCUACACAGUCUGCAGGAUGUGUUUGAUCGAUGGCGCCUGGUUGUUUUAUGAUGACGUACAUGUAGUUGCGUAUAAGCAUUCCUUACCACCCCGUUGUUGAUCCAUGUUGAUCUCUGAUAUACUCCGAUGUAACGUAGUCAGCUGUAUAGUCAUCAGUACUUUGUGAUUAUGUAUCCAAAUGUUGUUUAUAUUGAAUAUUUCCUGAUAGAGAUAUUCUUCACCUGAACCACCUGUAAUCGUAGUCCACCUGGGUUUGUUGUUCGCACAUUGACCAGAGGAUGAUGUCAUGUCCUGUCACAUGGCCAACUGUCUUCAAGAGGACAUGAGACAGGGGCGUAGCGUAGUGGUUUAUACGUUUGCUUGUGAAGGCCUGGGUUCUAUUCCCCACUUGGAUACAAUGUGUGAAGCUCGUUUCUGGUUCCCCUGCCAUGAUAUUGCCUGGAACAUUGCUAACAACAUUCUAAAACAGUGCUCACCGACUGAUACGAAAUAACUUUACUCUGAAGUUGCAAGAUUAGUAAUGAACUCCUUAUUUUGAUUUCCAAUCAUUAAUCCAAUGUAUGCCAAUAAGAUGGUAAUGAGUUAUGUAAUAUGGGUACACUUUGAUAUGAGUAUUUAAUACUUCAGGAUUUACCUAAAUAUUGUGUACAAGGAAGACCCGUCAAUGCGCUCUAGUCUCGGGAGGUUGUGACUUCAGUUGUUGGGAAAGUUUCAAAACCUCUUCGUCACUUGGUCCGAAGACUGUACCACAAACUUUCUAAACUAUGUGUCAGUCCAUGACAGCAUCUCUGGUCUAUCUUGCAAACACACACCCUGAUAUACAAGACUGAUGUUCAUAUUGUUCAUAAGGGAAAAUAUUGUACAUUGUUGUCAUAGAGUUACCCCCCUUUAGCACUCAUGUUUUGAAAAGUAACAUUGCCAUAAACGAUAGAAAUCAUCACAAAUAUGUCAACUUAACACAGUGAUAAUCUGUCAUUAAAUUAAGCUGUGAUUAUCUCAUUCAAUGACAACCAUGUCAAGGUAGUAAUGACGUUAUUUAAAUAGAGUUGUAGGUAAAGGGCAGUAACUCCAAUCAUUGUUUAAUUGAAAGAAACUCUCAACUCCAACCACUUACCUCAGUACGCAGUUGUGAGCAGGCACAACCAGUCCACUUGUCAAUAAUGUCAGGAAAGUUCAGUGGUUGGUGAUGUGUCCUGACCUUUUUAGCUGUCCUGACCCAAAGGGUAUGGUUAAAGUGAUGUAAUGUCAUGUCUGUUAUCUGUCACCCCACGUCCAUUUUAACCUACCCUGAAGCUUCUUAUGAUUAAGCUCAGGAUUAGGUUCGGGCUAGAGUAUGCUGUACAUGAAGAAAAAAUCAAUGUAUUAUUUAGCUAUUCUAAUAAUCAUCAAACACUGAAUCAAACAUGUUUCUGCUUUUGAUUCUCUUUUAGUCAUCUUUUGGUUCAGUUACUUAGAACUUGUUCGCUGUUUUUUAUAAGCCAUGUAUCUAUGAGGAAGUGGUAAGGCUGGUCUCCAACCAUGAAAGAUCCAGGUGAGCUACAGUUAUUUGGCUCAGUAUUUUGAACUGACGAUGUCGCAGUGUGGUGGAGAUGGUUUAUGACUACUUCAAUGUCUGUGAUAGGGUUCAGGAGUGGUUUCCCCUGUGUCAACACCAAUUCAUCCUGACAUGUGUCUUAAGGGGACCUUUAUAUAGUGCUACAUCUGUUUAUUAUGCAGUUAUUUGUGUUACUGUUUACUAGCUUGGAAUGACUCAGUGAUGUAUCAUGAUACCUGACUCAGCUGACGAUGCAAGGUUGUGCUUAUGGUGAAAUGUAAUGAUAAAUAUUUGUGAAACAGCUAGCUAGCAACCUUUUCACACACCUUUGUAUUGUCUGCAUUUUUAAGAUAGCUACGGGAUAAAUCCAAGAACAAUGAAAAACGAACAAUGGGAGAGAUAUGACAAUCGGUAUAAGGAAAAAAGGUACAGACGAUCGACGUGAGAAUAUGCAGGAAAGGAAAUACCAAACUUAACCCCUCUGUUAGUAAAAUGGAUAUCUCAUAAAUAAAUUAAUGACGAGUGGAAGUUGUUUAUUGUACAAUAAAACACUGCAGGGAGAAUAAACCAUGAGGGGCGCUAGCAAAAUCCAUAAUGAAUAAAAAUGGUUAGACUUUCACCCCAGUCCGCAUCACUUCCAAAACUCCCCAAGUUCCUACAGACAAAGAAAUAACGGUUCUCAUCUUCGUUGACUUUACCAUAUUUGGUCUUACCAACAAUCAUGUGAAUAAAUCCAUCCACAAUUAGUGUACGGAUGAUCUAAACAAUUGGUUUAAAAAAAAAUAUAUCUAAUCAAAAAAUAUUUAUUGUGGCCUACUGUUAUUCUUUCGAAAUAUAGACCAUCUGAUAACCUAAAUUCUAUUUUAGUUGACACACAGUUUGAUGGAUUAUGCCAUUGUUUGCAAGGUACUUGUUCAGGGUGUAGGGCUUGUAGUUUCCAGGUACAAAGCAGCUUGUGGUCAGGUAUCAUGAUACGUCCUGUAUCAUUGCAUAACGAUUAACAAUCAUUGAUCUAUACUAGGCAUGGGUAGUGGUAACAAAAUCUUUCCAGCUAAUUACCCUUGUAUUUCUAUGUUGCCCUAUGACCUGAUGUAGUGUAACUUACUUGUCCAGCAUCCACUUAAAAGAUGAGGAGUUUUUAUGUGGAUGAACAUGUAGAUCAUAUUUUCUUUUGUAUAGAACGUGCAUACAAUGAUUUUGAAUGCUGUAUUUGAACAUUACCUACUGUUUAUGGAAACACAAGCUGUAAGUAAGUGUCUUGUAACCUUAAUCAAACAUUCAGUUUCAUGUCUUGUCCUCUACCUGCUCCAACCAAGACUUCACAAGAAGUGAACCACGUUUUUGACAGCUCAUUACGAGGGGUGCAGUGUUCCUCAUUAUUAUGCAAAGGCUCUUGUCAUACACAUAGAAUGCAGUUUGCAAACAUCCACUUUUUGUGGAAAUCUAUCAUGAUAUUACUUAAUGUUUUUAACAAUUUUUGUUCUCAUUUUUUUUGGUAACUGCAAACAAAAAAAGAUAGAACCGAAUUCAAGAGAUAGAGAAUUUUGUGUUUUUUUACAUUUUUAAGAAAACCUAUGUCCCCAGCAUGACAUGCUGACUGCAAGUGUCUGGUUGGACACAGCUCAAGGCAUCAGAUUUUAGCAAGCACUAGGAUUUGAUGUUUAUGAAAUUGCAGCCUCAGGCCAGUUGAAGCAUGGAGUGACAGUGUAGAACACGGCUGUACUGGAGGAAGCGUGUGUCAACAUCGUUACCACCACCACUCUUACAAUAAUGUCACAACUGUUUCUAAAGAUAUCAUUGUGUUACCAUGAGUUCCUACUUUCUAGUUAAUGUUAUGUUUGGUGACAAGCUUAGGGCACAAGAGAGACAAUUGUUUACUGUUGGUUGAUAGUCUAUGACUUCCUGUUACUGUUGUUUAGGGCAGACUUUUGUUGCUAUGGUCACAACUGAUUACUGGAGUCUUGUUUGUUACAACUCAGAUGAGAGAAUCAAAAGUCACUGCUACAUAUGGCGGAAUUGUAAGUUGUAGUUUUCUAGAACAACUUACGAUGGUUUCAGAAGGAUUUGCUCAAUGAAAGCCUUGGUUUGAAUGUUGGCAUGUUUAACUAUGUAUGUACAGACCAUGUGUUAUGUCGUGCAUGUGUCACUUGUGGGUGUACAGGACUUUACGAGCUGACUCGGCUUGCACGCCACAAAACCAUAGGUUGAGGGCUGUACACGAUUGUUUGGCUUGUAAAACUCCUGUCCUUCACGCUAGUGAUUGUGACAUAUAACAUUUAUCAUUUUGAAUUCAUGAGUUACAAGACUUUCUUUCGGUAAAAUCUUUGUGUGUGAUAAUUAAAUCUAUCUUAGCCUCAGACUUUCGGCAUGGUGACUCGAAGCACAAACAGGGUCAACUGUCACAAGCAAGGGACGUAACAUUAUGUCAUUGGGAUAUCUGUACAGACCGGCCAGCCAUGGUAUAUUGUUCUGAACAAGACGGUGACUGACCAAUCAGAUAGCUAGAUUUUUUAAGGAGUAAUGGUUGUCAUUUAUUUCUACAUUAUCCACAAAAGAUACCAAGUUGUUUGUCAACUUUCUGACAUUGACAAAUGAAAAGGUCAGCUUAUGUAUUUUCCUGAAGCUAUAACAGUGGCAAAAUAAGUUUUCAAAGAACAUUCAGUUUAUGUUGAUAAGGCAAUGAUAGAUUUUUACAAAAGACAAUAAGAACUGUUAUCAGAGGUCAGUUUUAACCAUUUGAUGUACCCUAUAUCUUACACCAAGGUGAAAUAUUAGUCCCUUAUUAGUCAGUGUUUAGAUCCCAGAAUAUUGUCACUACAAUUAUCAGUGUGUAUGAUAGAAAUCAUAUGCAGGUUAUAUAACCCUUUAAACUUGCAUCAAAUCAAUUUAAUUUCCUUUUUUAUAUAUUUUACGUUCACAAUACAACCCACAUACAAAUAUCUAAAGUAUUAUGAUGAUAGAGAAUGAAGUGUACAUAGCUGCAUGUUAAUGUGUCUCGAUGUUUUGUUUUCUUUCCAUACAGAGCUGUGUAACCAUGUGUUGUGUUGGUAGUCCUUGCAUCAGGAAGGUGACACAGCCACACAUGGGCAGUCGUUGCCAUACAGCCACACAAGCAAUGGUGACUGCAAUUUGUUUGUGGAUUAACAUGUUUAUUUACAGAAGAAACAUUUUCUUAAUUACACCAACUCUCUGGAACACAAAAAAAACUAAAUUAUUGGACACAUAGGGAAAUGAUUUAAUAAAAAAAAAAGAAUGAUUUCUCAUGGGCUUAAGUGAAACUCAAACCACUUGGCUUCUUAUGGCUUGACAAAGGUGAACAGCGCUCGUUGAGUGCAAUUUGGUGCUGAUAUUUUGUGUUAAGGGACUGACCACUUUGGGAGCUGGGAUAUUAUUGAACAAAAUAAAUAUUUGCAGAAAAUCUUGAAUGAUUGGUCGCUAAGCUUCAUGCUGCUUCUAUUAAUUAAAGUAUUCAAACUAUAAAUUUACUCACAUAUAAAAUAUAGUAGUAUCGGUGGAAUGGAUUUGAUAUUAUUAUCUUUUUCUCUCAAAGAGAACAAAACGCACAAUUAGUUUUAGCUUCCCAAACAGAGAUAUAAUUUGCUUGAAAACUUGCAAUAUGAUUUGAGGAAUUGUUUGUGAUGCCCUUAUAUUAUGUUUUGAACAGUUCAUCCUUUGUUUACCUGAAGCUUUAGUCCACUGAUACAUUGGCAUGAAAGAGCUGGAUUAAAACUCCAAAAUAUGAUUCAGUGAUAAUAAUCCUUUACCUUGCUAAGGUGUUUGAAAGGACAAUCCUAGGGUCACCAUUCAUCCGAUGAUGUAGCUAGGCUACUGAUGCCUGUGUCAUGUAUUCUGUUUUGUGCAGAUGGCAGCCCAAUGUAGAGUUGAAUCUCUGGAGAAAUAGAUUCAGUUCUUUCCCAACCUGGUUUGCAAUUGGUUGUUACUUGUAUUUGGUUGUGUCAACUACUGCAAUAUUUUUUUCCACUUCAAUUUAUCACACAUUGUUUGUUAGAUGUUCAUUACUAGAGAGGAUCUGCUGAAUAAACUUUCUUCUACAUUU